GGGACGGAAGGGAGAAAGGGGAAGCGACUGAGGGGCCACACAAGGCAUCCAAGCACAAGCUUUCGCUUGCGCUGCUGAACUGAGACCUGAGCAUACUUUCAGCCUUUAGUACAGUGGUUUACAGUGGAGAUGAGAAUGGGUGUGUGUCCUGUGCAGAAAAUGGCCUCCUGUCUGAGAUCUAGUGUUCAACAGCCUUGAAAUCAGCUUUUGGUGGGGGCCAAAGGUUGGCAGCACCAAGAUGUUUGACAGGAACAAGCCAACUGAUGAAGCUUCUGCUUCUUCAGCACAAGGUAUAGAAAGACGAGCUAUCGAAGGAUCCCUACGACAGGAGAGCAGUAGCAGUGUAAGCAUACGAGGGCCAGAGCAGGCUGGACCUGGGUUAUCCAGUGUGCAAAAUAGACAAGGCUAUUGCAACUGCUGCCACGUGCACUACAGCAAUCUUGAACAGCAUGUUUUCAGUUCCCAGCACAGACAUUUCACCAUGUACUGCAGGAAUCGCACAGGUACCACCAUCCUGAUGGAGCGUUUCCUGCAAGAUGUUCUGCAACAUCAUCCCCAUAGAUACCAUGACAACAGACCAACAUAUGAUGACGUGCCAUAUCCCAUCUCCCCAAUGGCUCCCCAGGAUAUUUUCCUGCUUCCAGAAGAGGAGAAGAAAGAGGUGGUAAGAAGCAUACGGGAGAUGCCUGGCACAGACAGUGAAUCCAUUGUUAAAUCAUGCGCCCCUUCUCCUUGCAGAUCUCAGGAGGGCAUAAAGUCAAUUUCUGUGCCACAGACAUUUAUCCAAAAACUAAAGAUGGGACAGGAACAUGUCUUAGAAAUAUCUCAGCAAACUUUGGACAUCUGUAGCAGUGAGAAAAAACAUACACUAAUGGAUGGCACUCAGAUUGCAAAUAGUAGCCAUGAUGGCCAGUUUACAGAUGUGAGCCCAGUAUCUCACCAUUUGCGUAGCACCCCUUUAUGUCACAGUUCUCCUGUUGGCCCUGUAAUUGCAAAAAAUAUUAGGUACGCAGCAACAUCAAAUUUGAUUCCAAGUAGCAGAUAUGAUCGCAUUCAGAAGGAUGUAUGCCACAAGGAUGGAUCAUUAAACACAAAUCCUAAUCCUGUUCUGGCAUCAGUCCACCCAAAAAAACCUUCGUUUUCAUGUCAGAGACCUACCUGCAGCCAAGGCAAUGCUUCAUAUGUUAUCUCAGGUCAAUCUUUUUUUAAACUAGAUGGUUUACAAUCUCAGGAUGAAACUUUGGUGUCUGACUUCUGUCUCAGGGAUCUUGUGGGUACUAGCAACUCACUAAGUUUUGGGGCAUCUCCACAUUUAACAAGAUACAAAGACAUGAAGGUGAGCAGGUUUGAUGAAACUUCAUUAGAUGAGAUAAUUGAAGAAGUCAUUCUGAAGUACUGCCAUGGAGCUUCACCUAAUGAGCUCUCUUGCAAAGAUGAAGAGAGUAAUUCCUAUUUAAAUAUUUCAUCACUUCUGGAUCACAAUAGUCUAGAGGGCUCUGAAAUGAGUUUUGAUUGUGAGGCACCUGUUUGCUCAGGAGCAGGCCUACCCAAGGCAGCUACAAAGGAUAUAGAAUUCCUAAAAGAGGUCCAAGUAAACCUGGAAGAUAGGAACUACGGAACUCAACUUAGUUCUGUUCUAAAAGGUGGUUCAGUGGAGCAAACAGAAGCAGCAAAACAGGAUAUAAUAAUUCAUAAUGAGGAACCAGUUCUUCCAGCUCUGCCUCAUGUGCCUCCUUCCUUUGUGGGAAAGACGUGGUCCCAGAUAAUGUAUGAAGAUGAUAUAAAAAUUGAAGCACUUGUGCGUGAUUUCAAGGAAGGUCGUUUCCGUUGUCAUUUCAACAGCGAACCCUCUGCCAACAGUACAGGGAAGGGGAUGAGGAAGAAGAAGCAGAAAGAUGAAAGGAAGAGUGACAUUGUUACAGGUAACAGAACAGAAACUUCAUCGAUUAAAGCAUUGCCAGAAUUGAAUGAUGCUAUAAGUGGUGGUUCUGAUUUUGAUAAUCUUUUGGCCUCUGAUACACUAUGCAACCCACAAAUACUUCAGAUGCCUAGAAAGAGGACGUGGCGCCUUGCUUCAAGAUGCCAAGUGGUCAAAGUCAGCCAUGGAACCCAAACCAGUUUAGUGAACUAUCCAAUAGUAAAAAGAAAAAUCAUUAGAAAGGAGCCUAAUCCACCCGAUCAGAAAGCAAACAUUAUUUGGUCAGAGAAUGAAAGAAUUUCAAACAUGAAAACCAGACUGUGUGCCCUCAAGCUUCCUGAAGCAUAUACCAAAAUUAUGAGCCCUCUGCAGCCCAAGACAGUGGUUUAUGUCCUUUCAUGUCCAGAGAUUAAACAAUAUAAAGGCAAACCCAUAGAUGUUCCCAAAAUGAGGAGAAAUCACAGCUCCACAGACAGCAAGGAUUCUGUAAGGUACAGAUACAAACAAUGUUCUUUUAAGUAUUAUGACCCACUGACAAAUCGAAUUCUGAAAACAGCUCCCAAGAGCACAGUUAGAGAAAAAGCCAAAAAGCCCUCCCACGUUCGACAACUGUUUAGGAGUCUAAGCCUUGAUGCAAACACAAAGAAAUUAUCUGAGACACAGAAAGAAUGUACACCAUCUAAAUUCUUCAAUUGGCCAGGGUCCUAUAGUUCUUCUUCAGCGACUUUUCUGUCAGAUCCAGUUAAAGGGAAUGAUAUGAAUUCAAGUCUGAGGACAGAUGGAGCUUCCAUUUCCACAGAAAGGUCUGAUUUUCCAAUAUUUGUUCACUCAGAGAAGUCCUAUAAACACGUCGUCAUUUCACCUUUCAACUCCCAUCAGUCUCAGAUAGAAGAUGUUAGAUUAACCCCAGUUAAUAGCAGGGUUGCCAAAACACCUUUGAAGUCAAUCAGGAGUGAACAGUUGGAGAGGGAGAAUUCAAAGACAAUGUGGAAGAGGAAAGAAGGCACUAGUAGAGAACCAGGUUUUUCCAAAAAGGCUUCAGGACCCAUCUCUGUCAAUUGUGGCGUUGUGAGAAGAGGAAGUAGAGUAGCCUCAGGCAAACAAGCAUCCAGAACUAAAAAGCAAAAAAAAGAGCAGAUAAGAAGGGAGCUCUCCUCUUGUGCCCAAAAAUCUUCUUCUGUCUUCUCCAUCCAUAAGCAUCAGACAAGGAAACCUACUUUGAGAAAGCACCUCAAAAAGGAAAAACUUGAUGCUAAAAAGCUAAAGGUUAGGAGGAAACCCAGGACGACAUUUUUGAACUCUGCAGUCAUUUCAGGGAUUACUGAAAAGAGGCAGAAAAUCACAGCAGGGUCUUUUCCAAAGAAGCCAGAACUAGCUUCUUCCAAAGUUAGGAGCUGGGAGAUAAGGAUCUCCCCAGCACUGUGAAACAGCCUUCUGGAAGAACUUCUAGUAUACCUGUAUUGGGAGGUUGUCUUGUUUUACCAGGAGAUAGCUAGCCAAUAAAACAACAAACUUUUACUUACCCAACAACUGGGAAUAGGCUGAGGAAGAGUGAACGGAAGGUGUUUAUACAAAAUCCAGGUAAUGUGCCAGAACUGCAGAUACAAUGAAUUGAAAGUCCGAUAAUAAACUACUGUAGCAACAAACUAAUUUCAUAUUGCUGGAAUGUGGGCACACUAUAUAUAUUGCACUGUUUUUCUUCGAGUGAUGGUCUCUGUUGAAUUCCACUGAGAAUUUGCAUGUGUGCCAUGUGUCUGGAGUUGGAGAGUUUGAAAGUAGUAGUGUCCAUUGGUCUGCGCAUGCACCCUUGCCUUGCCUCGUGGAUUUGUACUAGGUGAUAAAGAGCGGGGUGAGCGGACUGCAUAUCCAGUUCCUUCUCACAGCUGCAUGGUCCAAGUCCAAGCUAACAGUGUCCUCUCAUCUCUGAUGCACUUUUAAAAGAAAAAUGUUUUAGAAAUUGUCUAUAGUUAGUUUUUUUUAUUCUGCUUUUAUUACUGUUUCUUAGGUAGUUAAGUUUUUAGUAAUAGUUUUUGUAGGAUUUGGACUUUGGGGGAAUCUGUUUUUCUAGUCCCCAGCAGUCAAACGCCCGUGCUGGAUUAUGCCGAAGAUGCCAGGAUUCAAGAUUUGCGCUUCCUGCCCCCGUUUGGUUCUCCAUCAACGAUGAGCACCAACACUGCUUCUACUGCUUGAGAGAAGCCCAUAUUUAAUCAGCAGUAUAUGCCAGUCCUUCUCAAAUCAUAUCUGAGAAGGCCGGGCUUUCCUUCUCAAGAAACACCUCAUGGAGGUUACCAUGAUGCCACAGUUGGACCCAGUCCAAUGACCAACCCCUGUACAUCUGCCUGAGAAACCUAGUAGUGUGCCUCUGGCCUCGGAGCUUGAACCUGGCUCUGGUGGUACUGCUGCUAUGGACCCCAUGCCAGGGCCUAGUCAGGAGGCAAGGAAGCAUGGACAUAAGCAUGGCAGUAAGUCUUCCUCCAAACCAAAAAAGAAUGAUGCACUUUCCAUGAGUUCCAGCCACAGAGAAGCAGCCUGUUCCAAGGCGCUCAUGCAUGACACAAAAUUUGUGCAGACCAACAGAUCUGCCGGUAAAGAGAACCAAGUUGCACAUGCCUUCAGUGUCAGCUGCCCUUAAGACAAGGGAGCCACCAGUUCCUGGACAGUCCUCUGCUCUAUUGCUGGCUACAGAAUAGGGACCGUUGAUGCUGGGAUGCUUGGAGAAAGCACUGGAGUCACAUGAGCAGUUUGCCCUGGGGGAACCAAGAUGUUCGCAUCUUCCUCUGCCACCUGCACCUAAAAAAGGCUAAUCUUCUAUCUGGCAUUUGUCACAGUCAGGCCCCACUUGGAUGCCUCCUCCUUCUGUGAUUGCACGCUUCUGACGGUACUGCCAUUGGAACCAGGAUCUGAGUUUUCAUUGUCCUUGGUUUCCGAUGGAGCAUGAGAGCCGCUCGUUCCCUAUUGCCAGUGUGAGUACCCAAAAGGACUGUCAGUGGCAUGGGCAAUCUCCUCCCUUCCCCAACAACAGAGAAGCCACUGGUUGCCUUCACCCUGGGGCCCUUCGCAACAUCCACUCAAUCAGUCUUUCUGGCCCUAUUGAGGGUCCUGAUCUCAGUACCUAUUCUCAGAACCUGCCUAUUCCAUGAGGGAGGCUUUGCCUCUGUUCCCGGUUAGGGCACCUUUGAGAGAUGCUCUGAACAAGUUAUGGACGAUGAACCGCUCAGUCCUGUUCCAACGGUACUUCCAGAGCAGGAAUGCUUCCCUUCAUCCUCUUCAAACGCUGCAGUCACUUCAGCCUCCCCUUUGUCUCCUGGUGACUUUUGCCAGUUCCAGGAACUUCUGCAAAGGAUGGUGGAUGAGCUGCAUAGUCCACUGGAGGAAGUACAAGACAAACUGCAUCAGCGCCUGGACAUCUUUCAUUCCUUGGUAUUGAACAGGGUUGUCCUACCAAUCAACAAUGCUAUUUUCAGCCAGCUUGAACGGUUUGGCAUAUCCUGGCCACUUGAACACAGAGAAGAGAUACUACAUACCAACCCAGGGGUCGAGUUUUCUUUCCCUACCCCGAUUCUCUCGUGGUGCAAGCAGCAACGGAACUCUCCAGACAAAAACAUCUGUGCUGCACCCCGACAGAUAAGCAGGGCAAACAUUUCGAGCUUCUGGGAUGCAAGGUCUUCUCUUCAGCAAGCCUCCAAUUCCAAAUUUCAAACUGCCAGGCCUUGUUGGCCAAUUAAUGAUGGCAAAGUGAAGGACUUUAUUGAAAAGCUGCCUCAGCAAGAUUGAGCAUGUUUCCAGUCUAUCCUGGAGAAGGGUAAGUUGGUGGCUGGAAUGGUGCUUCAGUCGGCUGUGAAUGCUGCAGAUACCACUUCAUGCUCGAUGGCCACAGGCAUUGUCAUGCGAAGGGAAUCAUGGCUUCACUCAUGCAGUUUUCCCAGAUAAUGGCAGAAUACUAUUGAGGACGUUCCUUUUGAUGAGUCACCUGUUUAAUCAGAAAACCGACAAAUCCCUCAAUCCCCCUCAAGGAUUCCAGAGCCACGCUUAGAUUGCUGGGUAUCUAUACACUUGAACACAAGAAAAAUUCUACUGCCUACCCCCUACAGGGAUUCACGUCUCCCUUGCUCUUCUAUCAGAGGCCAUAUAAGCCUCAUUGUAAGUGCCAGAAGACCCAACGAAUCCCACCCUCCAGGCCCAGCUUCUCAGGCUUCAUGAUCUUACAUGCAAUCCUCUCAGAAGUGAUAUUUCUGUGUACCACUAGAGAACCGUCAACCACCAGGCCGUCUGCCAUGGAGCCAACCCAUCCCCUUUGGGAUCAUUUAGCACUCUUCUUACCAGCUUGGAGUGCAAUAAUAACUGAUAAGUGGGUCCUGGAUGACAUCCACUAUGGUUAUACAAUUGAGUUCACUACACUGCCUCAUCCAGAUCCCCUGCCUUGAUCCCUUUUCAGGGACCACUCUCAUGACAGCAUCCUUGCCCUAAAAAUAGAGUCUUUACUGCAAAGGGGAGCAAUAGAGCACAUUCUUUCAAACUAUCAGGACACAGGGUUAUUCCACUUACUUCCUGGUACCCAAGAAAAAGGGUGUCUGGAGAUCAAUCCUGGACCUAUGGCACUUUAGCUGCUUCAUCUGCAAGCCCAAGUUUGUUAUGGUUACCUUAGCAGCCAUCAUACCUUCUCUAGAAAAAGGCAUGUGGGUUUACGGCUCUAUUUUCAUAUAGACAUCCAUCCAACCCACAGGAGAUUCCUGAGGUUCACGUUGGGUCCUCAGCAUUUGCAAUGCAGGGUUCUACCAUUUGGACUCACCACUGCUCCCCGGGUCUUCACCAAGGUUUUCUCUGUCAUAACAACCCACCUCAGGCACACUGAGGACCUUAUUUUUCCUCUUCCUCACACCCUCAGGCUCAGUGGAAUACAAUAAGAACUAUCACUUGAAGAAGAACAUGUUACUUACCUGUAACUGGAGGUUCUUUUGAGAUGUGGGUCCCUAUCUGUAUUCCACUUUCCUAUCUGCUGCCCCUCUGCUGUGAUCUAUUUGAUUUGUGGUGGAGAAGGAACUGGAGACAGGGUUGGUCUGCUCCACCCUUUAUUGCCUUGGACAAAUCCAUGAGGCAAGGGAAGGGUGUAUGUGCGGACCACAGGACACUACUGCUUUCAAAUUUUCUGGCUCCCAACACAUGACCUGCAUGCAUAAACCCUCUGCAGAAUACAGAUAGGGACCACCCAUCUCGAGGGUAAGUAACCUCCUCUUCUAUUGUGUAAAGUUACAGAAAUUGUGUAUUUGUUUAAAUUAAGCAUUUAGGACCCUAUUUACUACACUUCAGUGCACUGUCACCCUUUACAGGAAACAAACUGUGAGCUUGAAUUGUAUCAUAUUGUAUUGUGUGAUAGUAAAUUCAGUGCAUUAUGGCGCACUAGACUAUAAUAAAGUAUCAUGUAGAAUCAGCAUUACUUAUUGUGCCUACCUUUCCUCACAAUUGUAAAGUGUAAAAAUAUGAUUAAACAAUUGCACUAGAAAUUAAACAGAGUAAUAUUAAUUAGUAAGGAAUACGUAUUUUGUGUUUGUAUGUGUAUAUUCACACCUAAUUUAUACAUACAAUACAUUUUCAAGACUGUUUCAAAGGCAGUUUAAAUUAAUACAGUAUGAUACAAAGCAGAUCAGUGCAACGGUAUCUUCAACAAAAUAUACAAUUACAGUAUUGUAGCAAGUUGUGUAAUUAGUGUUUUUCUAAAACCAUGUCCAGCUUUAUUGGACAAAACAAGAGCACUGUGAACUUUCACUCUAGCAAUAACGGAUGGUGUUGGUAAGGAAAUUAUAAUCUUUCCAGUACUAUACAAGCAACAUGGUGGAGGUCCUAAUGAAACCUCAAAAACCAAAAGAAAGUUAGAGUUAAAUCUGAAAAUUUAGCUUAAUGGUUUGAUUCAUAAUUCACCUUUGAAUCGUUGAAUAGAGAAGAGAAAAAGGUUGUACUGGUGAGUGUGAAUGACAGUGGGUUAUCCUAAAUUUCAGCCUUAAUUGUUAAGUCCUUUUGUUUUACCUGUUUUUACUUCAACUUAGUUUACUGUAGUUGAGAGUUUACUUCUUUUUAAAACUUAGUAAAAUAUUUUAAAAAACAAUCUAAGGCCAUGAGAGUUUAGUCAGCUAAGGACUAUUUUGUAAAUACUUAACUGCAGUUUUUAAAUAACCAUAUUCCAUACUGACUUAUGGUUGGUUAUUGACAGUCUUAAUAAUUCCACAUACCUCUAGGUGAGUACCUGCUAAAUUCACAGCCAUGAAAAACACAUCAUGGACCGUGAAAUCUGGUCUCCUGUGUGAGAUCUGGCUAUUGUAGGGUAGUCACGGUAUUCCCACCCUUACAUUUGUGCUGCUUUCAGAACUGGGCAGUCAGAGAGUGGCAUCUGCUGACGAGGUGUCCGCCACCACCAGUGCAGAAGUAGAAGUGGCAUAGAAUGGAUGAGGUCAUGACUUUUGAGGGAAGCAGGCCUGGCCUUACAGUGAGCGAUGUGGGUUAACCUCCCAGGGUGUCGUGGUCAGGAGGGCACUGUGGUCUCAGCCCUCCCCCUCCCAACUAAGGCCUCUUUAACUCCCAAGCACUGGUCCCAAACCUGGGGAGGGGCUGGGCUGUGGGAGCCCUGGUCGGGGGCUUCUACCAGGUGCUGGGCUCCAACUUCUAGUUCUGGCUUGGGUGGGAAGGGAUGGGACUUCCUCUUCCUCUGCACAGGUCACACCCGCCUCUGGGAACCUCCCUGGGCUGUAGGAAGUUCUGUGGCUUGUGCUUCUCCCACGUACACAACUUUCCCUUGGAACCUCGUAAUAUCCACAUGUUGAAGACUUUAGAAUGUAAAAAAUGUUAUGCACUUUUGCAUGAAAAGUCUUUUGUAAAUAGGGCCCUAAGUCAGAGUGAUUUUUGUAAAAAUUAAAUAAUUGACUAUAUUUAAAUAAGAGUUUAAAUAAUUAUAUAUUUUCCUUUAAAACCAGUAUGAAGAGUAACAGCAUAUUAUUUUUUUAAAGAAAAGAAAAGUACCUGGAAUAUAAGUUUUGGAAAAUUAUUGCUGUAAUAGUGGCAAAAUAACAUCUAUUGUAUGUUAAAACUCCUUUAUAUACCUGACUUCUGACUGUUAAAGACCUUUUCUGUGCAUGCUCAAUGAAUAUGAAACAGAGAAAACAAUGACAUGAGAGGUAAAUAUAGAAACUCGGAAAGAAAACUGAGGGGAGGUAGUGGCAAAGAGAUGCUCAUAGGAAGCCAAUGUGUGUUUGUUUAUGGGUUCGGUAAGAGUCAUUUGUUUGAAAAUGUCAACCCUGCUCUUUUUAAAGUGGUUGUGAGAUGUAUGUCUAAUUCCCUAGAUACACCUCCCAUUAAAAUGAAUGGAACAGAUUCUGCUACCAUUAUAAAUGUUAAGUAGUACCUUAUUUCAUGAGUAGUCCCACUAAAAACAAAAAACACGAAUAAAGAUGGUAGAAUCUGGUCCAGUGAAAAUGCGGUAAGGGAUGUGAAUGAACCUGGCAUUUCUUCCUCACUGAAAUUAUUUUAUUAUUCUUGUUUAUUUGCAUUAUUGUAGCAUCUCGGAGCCCCAGUUAUGGACGGGGAUCCCAUUGUGCUAUGUCUAAACAUAGAACAAAAGGAUAGUUUGUGCCCCAAAGAACUUACAAUCUAAUAUACAUUUAGUAAUUUCCCUCUCCAAUUCUUGUUCUGUUUUGAUUUUUUUUCUCUGCAAUUCUUUCUAGCUAAUUUGCCUGUAUUAAUUUGUAUAUGAUGUUCUCAUGAUCAUAGUAUCAAAAUGUUCCUUUUCGAGGUCCUGGUUCAGAAAGGUAUUUAAGUAUGUGCAUAACUAAGUGAACAGAACUACUCAAAGUUAAACACGUAUUUAAGUACAUUGCUGUACUGGUGCCCAGCUAGGUAUUAUCAUUUUGCGCUUAAUAUUUUCACAUUUGUCUUACCUUUAUUUUGAAUUUUCUCCAUUGAUGUUGUAGUUCUUUCCCUCUUUUCUGUCUCUGACUCUUCAGUCACUUACUGUUAUUACAAACUCACUUUGUCUUACAUGUUGAUUGUUGGCCUUGUGCAAUGCUGCAGUUAGAUGGCUUUUCCAUUUAAUUAAUAUAGUUCUUAAUCCUACUGUUUUUUCAGAUUUCCUGUUUUGCCCAUUUCCCCUUAAGGCAUCUUUGUUUGCGUUAACUCCUUUUUACAUUUUCUGCCAUUAAAAAAAUGUACCUUCCAUCUGGAAACAAAUAAUAGGAGUCUCUAGUAUGGGACCAAAUGAACUAGGAGUUAUUCCAGAAGAGGAGAGAACAUCCUAACACUUGAAUGCCUGUUUAUAAUUAUGGAUUGGACAGGGAAAGUAAAGUAGAAAAUAUAUCAUUUUGUAAUGUAUGCAGAAAUUUGUUUUGUGCUAUCAGUUGACUUCUUAUAAAUUACAGUAUUUUAGAUCACCUUUUCCUGGAAACUUUCCAGUGGCAUAGGUCUGAGCAUGCCCAGAAAGCAAAGGUUUUCUUUCUUGUUUGUUUAUAAUGUGUUACAGAUAUGAGUUUGUUCAUUCCUCCAACCAUGAAACAUCACAAGUCCUGUUUUAAUAAAAUAAAGACUGAAUUUUG